AUGGUGACGAUGGGUCGAAGAUGGGCUAAUACAGGCUCUUCUCUAGCGACCAUAAUGUUUCUAUACACAAUCUUCAAACAAUGGUUCCCUCACAUGGAACCAUUCUUUCAAAGACUCUUCAGCCGUUUCUACCCUUACAUCCAAAUCAAAUUCCAUGAAUACAAUGGAGAGCAUUUCAAGCGAAACGAAGUCUACUCAAUGAUCCAAACCUAUCUAAGCAAAGACUCCUCUCUUCGAGCCAAGAAGCUCAAAGCCAACACAACCAAAGGAAGCAAGUCUCUUGUUCUCAGCAUGGAUGAUAGGGAAGAGAUAACCGACGAGUUCCAGGGCGUUACGGUUUGGUGGCAGUCCAAGAAAGUGAGGAACACUAGGCCAUCGUUCUCGUUCUACCCUGCAGCCGAUGAGAAGAAAUACUACAUAUUGAAGUUCCAUAGACGUGACCGAGAAGUAAUCAUAGAGAGGUAUCUUGAGCAUGUUAUCAUGGAAGGGAAGAUGAUAAAGAUGAAGAACAGAGAGAGGAAGCUUUACUCGAAUACUCCGGGACAGAACCAUAGGAACCAGACAAAGUGGAGUCAUGUAACGUUUGAGCAUCCAGCUACUUUUGAUACUUUAGCUAUGGAAGAGAAGAAGAAGGAAGAGAUCAAGAACGAUCUUGUUAAGUUCAGUAAGAGCAAAGAUUAUUACAAGAAGAUUGGGAAGGCGUGGAAGAGAGGGUAUCUUUUGUUUGGACCACCAGGGACUGGUAAGUCGACAAUGAUAGCUGCCAUGGCGAACUUCUUGGAGUAUGAUGUCUAUGAUCUUGAACUGACAACGGUUAUGGAUAAUACACAGCUGAGAAGUUUAUUGAUUGAAACUUCAACGAAGUCUAUUAUUGUGAUUGAAGAUAUAGAUUGUUCUCUUAACCUAACGGGACAGAGAAAGAAAAAGCAGGAAGAAGAAGAGGGAGAUGAGAAGAAGGCAGUGGAGAAGAAGAUGAUGAAAAACCAAGGUGAGGACAAAGAGAGCAAGGUUACAUUGUCAGGGUUGUUGAACUUCAUUGAUGGGUUAUGGUCAGCUUGUGGAGGAGAGAGGAUCAUUGUGUUUACUACAAACUUUGUGGACAAGCUAGAUCCUGCUUUGAUUCGGAAAGGAAGGAUGGAUAAGCAUAUAGAGAUGUCUUAUUGUGGUUUUAAAGCUUUUAAGGUGUUGGCCAAGAACUACUUGGAUGUGGAGGAGAGUGAGCUCUAUGAUGAGAUAAAGAGAUUGUUUGAAGAUGAAGAAAUCAAGAUGACACCGGCUGAUGUUGGAGAGAAUCUGUUGCCGAAAUCAGAAGGGGAAGAAGGAGAAACAUGUAUGAAACGUUUGAUAGAAGCGCUGAAAGAGGAGAAAGAACUAGCAAAGAAGAGGGUUGAGAAAGAGGUGAAGCAGAAGAAAGAAGAGGAAGAGAAGGAGAGAAGGAAGGAAAAGAAGGUAGAGACGGAGAUGGAAGUAAAGGAGGAGGAGAAGAAGAGAAAAAAGGCAAAGCAAGCAGAUAUAGAAGCAAAGGAGGAGAAGAAGAAAAAGAUUGAAGAAAAUGGUGAAGAGGAGCACUGAAUAAUGUC